AACUCAAUGGAACGAAUUGAUCAUGGUGAUUUUUGUUGUUGACGUCAUCAAUAUUUGUGUGUUUACAAAUACCUUGGUGAGACAACGCGAACGGCCAUUAGCCUGAUGAUUAGGGAUGUAAAAACGAAGUGAACAGAUUUUAUUGUGACUGACAGACCAAAUUAAGCUAGCAAAAUGCCAGAGAGUGUGCAAAUCAAAGUGUGUGGGCGAUGCCGUCCACUGACCCAAGAGGAAACAGCUAAGGGGGUGAAAACUGUGGUCAAGUCUGCUGGAGACAAAGUCCUGAUCGAAUCUGGUGGAAAGGAUCAGUCUUUCUCUUUGGAUGGGGCAUAUUCAACUGACGUAAAAAAUGAACAAAUAUACAAAGAACGAUGUGAAGCAUAUCUACAGCGAGCACUGGAGGGAUUCAAUGUCAGUAUCAUCACACUGGGAGCAACAAACGCAGGAAAGACUUACUUAAUGUCUGGGACAGAGGGUGAUCCUGGGAUUGCGCCUUGCUUUAUCAGAAAUCUUUACCAAGCCAUCAGUGAAAGGAGCAACAAAGAGUUCUUCAUCACCGUUUCUUACGUGGAAGUUUUGGAUGAGAAGAUGGCCGAUUUGUUGAACCCUCACAUAAACCAAAUGAAGAUUAGGCAUCACCCUCAUAAAGGAAUAUAUGUCGAGGGCCUUUCAGAGAUUGUGGUUCACAACUGGGAAGAAAUGAAUCAGCUUUACGAACAAGGAACUCGUGUCAGAAAAAUGGGAGCCAGUGAUAUCAAAGCUAACCAGGCCAGGGCUCACUCAGUUUUCACCAUCACAAUUGAACAGAGAACGAGACAGUCCAGUAAAGUUGGGGUGAGAUCUGUGGUAUGUUUGGCAGAUUUAGCAAUGGGUGAAGUUGGCGGAACUGCAGAUACACAUACCAUCGCUGGACUACAAGGCUUAAUGAAUGUACUAAGUGCACUGGGAGGUCCCAAGAAAGGAAGCACUGUACCAUACAGAGAUUCUACGAUAACUCGAGUGCUUCAGGACUCCUUUGGUGGUAACACGGUUACCCUGAUAUUUGCAGUUGUCUCUCCUGUUGACAAAGCUUACAAAGAGUCUCUUACAACACUGCAGUAUGCUUCCUAUGCAAAGGCUGCAAAAAACCAUGUCAAAGCAAAUCUGGAUGAAACAGCAGAAAUUAUUGCCGAUCUGCGAGAAGAAAUUUCGAAGUUGAGGGAUAAGAUUGCAUCAACUUCCUCACCAAGUAGAGAUGAUGUCCACAAGCUCGAAGAUCUAGUGCAAGACUUGCAAAUAGCAAAGAUGUCAACCUGGGCAGAGAGGGAAAAGCAAUCUAAAAAAUUUGAAGAGGAAAGAAAAGUUAAUCUUGCAAACAAGGGAAUUCUGGAAUGGGUCAUGGAUAACAUGAAAAAAGGAAACAAAGAGCUUCAGGAAAAAAUGCUGCUUCUCCAGAAAGAAAAAGAUCUAGUUACUAACCAAUAUUCUGAAAAGAGACGUGCAGUGGAUAGUUUGAAUGAAGAGCUGCAGAGAAAGAUUGCAGACUACUCCAAGUACCAAGACAGUGGAAAACUAACAGAUUCCGAAACAAAGAAGAGAGUCACAGCUAUCCAUGAAAUCAAAGAGAAAUUGAGGAAAGAAUCAGAGGCAUUGAAGCAAAUCAAGUCCCAGUUAAAAGAUCUGGCAGAGAAGCAGAAGGAAGAAAGAGAUGAAGCAAAAUCUCACAUGUCUGCAAUGAAAGGAAGUUCUGAACUACGUCAACAAGUGGAGAAAGAAGAGCGUUUAAAGGUGGAAAAGGAAAAUAGGGCAAUGAUUGCUGAUGAAAUGGACAAGAUGAAGACUGAACUGGAAACAGAAAAGUCCCACAUUCAGUUGAAAGUGACUGAGAAUAGAUCUUUCAGUGCACAAGAGGUUUCACAAUUAGAAAUCCAACUGGCAGAAAUGAAACUAGAAAAGCCAGUCACAACCAUGAAGAUUCAUCUGAUAGAGCAGGAGAAGGAUCGGCUGGUAAAAGAGCUUGAUGCUGUUUACCAAGUGCAUAAAGAUGAGCUUGAAUUUCAGAGGCUGCGUCACCUUGAGACCUUCAGAACAUACCGGGAGAUGUUCGAGGAGCAGAAGGCAGCACUGGACCAGCGGUACAGACAACUUUUAGAAGACGCUAUCCAAGAUGCGGUUUUCUUGUCAAGUAGGAAUACUGAACUUCAAGAAGAAAAUCAGAGCUUAAGACAGCAAAAUGCUGAAAUGAGAGAUUCCAUAACUAAACUUGGUGGACGUCUUCCAACUCAAAUUUCAUGACAUAUGGUCCAAACCUUUAAUUUCUGUGAUAAAGAAAGAUAUAUGUUCAGAAUAUAGAAUGCAUGUACAUGUAUCUUCAAAUCCGAGCCCUUUUAUUCAUGCAGUGUAACCACGAUAACCUGCGUAAUUAGAAACUGAUGUAAAUCUAGACUAUUAGUACAUGUACUGGGUGUAUUAUAUUGCAUUUAAUGACAUACUUAUUACUGUCUAUCUAUGAAUUGUAUGCUAAUGUUAUUCUUAUAUAUAUAUAUAUAUAUAGACCUACUUCAAGUAAAUAAAAAGACUACAUUUUUCAUUAAAUACGUAAUCAUGGUAAUUAAUAUCAUUCUGUUUAUAAUUAGAUGUAUAAUCAUUGAGGAAGGAAGACAUUAUCACAGUACUCAAAAUUUCCUUUUCAUUUCAAUUUACUCUGCCAGAGAAUUUACUUGUAUUUCAAAAUAGUCAUGUUUCUGUUAAACUGUUAUUUCACACAAGAUUAAUUCAUUAUUUUACUUUUUUUUCAUAGAACAAAUUAUUGUAUUUCAAAACUUAUUCUACUUUAUAAAUUAAUAUAAAUAUUUUUGGGAGCUUUAGAAAUUAUUGGUAUGUAUUCAUUGAUGAAAUUUAUUUUAUUAUCCGUGAAUAUAAUAUUCUUCCUGUUUUAAUACUGGAAACAUUUGUUAACCAAGUGAAUACUUUACCACUUGAAUUUGGGAUUUUCAAUGUGCAAUGUAUUUAUAAGCAAUUUACUGACUAUGCUUUUGUUUAUAUGAAAAUAUUUUUGUUUAUGAAAUAUUAAUAUUUAAUAAAAUCAUACAUUCUUUU